UCUCUCUCUCGCCUCAAACACAUUCCAAAAUCUCCACUCAAAUUUCUCCAAUCAUCGACCAUGCUUCAACAACAACACAUCAUCACCGUUCAAAACCCUGACCACAUCAGCAAUCUACCAGAUUCCGUUCAAAACCCUGACCACAUCAGCAAUCUACCAGAUUCCAUCCUUCACUGCAUCCUCUCCUUCUUGCAUGCCACCGAUGCAGUGAAGACGGUCCUUCUAUCAAAAAGGUGGGCCCAUUUGUUUACUUCCACCCCAAAUCUACACUUCCAAAAAUCCCGUCUCUGCAAACGAAACGACAACGAUUUCGUAUCCUUCGUCAACCAAGCUUUGAUUCUCUACGAAAGCCCUACCAUUCAGGAAUUCCAUCUCGUCUUCUAUUAUAAAGGUAAGUUUUAUAACCCCAUCAUUGAUGACUGGAUCCGCUUCGCAUUGUGGAAAAAGGCCCGAGUACUCCAUCUCGACCUCUCCGGUGAUAGUUUUUCAAAUUGGGGCUAUUGGAAGUUUGUUGGGAUUGAUCCAUACUCAUUGCCCCUUGAUUCGUUCAAUAACGAUUCGUUGACAGAGCUGAGGCUCAAUUCCGUCAACAUCAAUCCGCCCAUGAUUGUUUCUUGGAAAAACAUGAAGAGGUUGUCUUUGGAACAGACCAGUAUGGCGGAUUAUGAGAUGGAACGGAUUUUGAAUGGGUGCCCGGUGCUCGAAGAAUUGUUUCUUUACAAAUGCAAUGGUAUUAGUCGACUCGAUUUCAGGGGUCGGAAUGUUAGGAAGUUGACUGUGAAUGAUUAUGAUUCGGAGUUUGGGUUGGAAAUUUGGGGUCCCAAUGUCAUGUCCUUGAAUAUUUCUGGCGAUAUAGGCACUGCGAGACAUCGUUUUAAGAGCCUUCCAUCUUUGGUUAAUGCAACUCUCAAUUUGCAAAUGUCAUUUUACGCCGGUUGGGAUGAUUAUGAAGAGAGCGAGUAUCAUGAUAUUUUUCGGGCACUUCUUGACGCUCUUCGGCAUGCUAGAGUUCUUAAAGUCUGCACUUGGUGUGUCCAGGUGUUGUCAAUAUGGGAGUUGAUAAGGUUUCCUGCUCCCAUCUUUAGCUGCAAUUAUCUGAUACUAGAGACAGGAUUGAGAAAAUGGGAUCUUCCUGGGAUUGUAGGUUUGUUGAGGAGUUCCCCUUAUCUUGAGACUCUCAUUAUAAAGAUAAUUCCCACUUUCUAUCUCAAUUGGGAUGAAACUUUUGAAUAUUUUAUGGCGAAAUAUUAUUUUCAUGGAGUAGAGUACUUGGCAUCACAAGAGUCCAAUCUUCCUUGUCUUGAACAUUGCCUCAAGACAAUCAAGAUAUUUGGCUUCAUCGGCGGGGGAGAUAAAUACAAGAAGCAGAAAGCUUGGUCAGUGAAUCGUAUUCUUAGAAGGUCAAUGAGACAAGGCAUGCUAGUGAAAUUUUUGUUGAAGAAUGCUAUGGUUUUAGACAAAAUGACCAUCUAUGCCAGCAAUGAACGCGAGUUUAAGAUGAUUAAGAAAUGGUCUGGAGUAUUUUCAGAGGUUUCGAAGGAUAUCCUAGCUUUCCCAAGAGCGUCUUCUCAUGCGGAAGUAUCAUUUUCAUAUGCAUAGACUGGCGGAGUUAUUUGCUAUAAUACUCAAAUAUGGCAUGGACGCAGCGAUCACACCUAAAAUUGAACUACUGUAGAAAAACAUGAUGGAGUACGUUGCCAAUUUUGAAUCAUUUGGGUAUCAUGGGUCAUUCGACAGAUUGGGUUUGUAUCUCCUCUUUUCAAUCUACAGAUAGUCCAUGCUUCCUGUCUUGACAACUGGUUGUGGUGGAUAAUGCAGGAGUAUGUUUUCAUCUUAGCAAUUCACUUAUGUAGAUUCUUGUAGUUAGUGAGUAGGAGAGUUGAAAGACAUGUAGUCUCUGGAAUAUCAAUUUAUCUAUUCACAUCCAAACAAUUUAUUGCCA